CAAAGCGCAACGUCUAGCGGACAACCUAUAUCGUCUCGUAUCGUAUCCGAAUCGGCCGGACUUUGUCAUUGUCUGCGUGCGUCUUGAGUGUGUGUAACCCCCAAAAGAUCCAGCGAAAACGAGUUUUGUGCCAAAGAGCAGAGCAGAGCAGAGCAGAGCGGAGCAGAGCAACCAUAUUCCAUAUCGAAUAACCGACCAAUAAGUGUUACUUGUUACUUGGCACAUCCAACUAGCACCGUUGCAGUGGCCUAUAUUCAAAAUAGAUCAGAGAUCGGCGGAGCAGCUGCAGUAGCAGGAGAGGAUCCGAUCGGAGCGAGAGGAGAUGCCAGUGCCAUGUGAGAACUUAGUCCGCGGCAAAGAGCAAAACUAGUUUCCCAUUUGCGCGCCUAUGCUAAGUAAUAAUAAUAAAUAAGCCAAGUCGUUGUUGUUCGUCGUACGCUGUUCGCCGUUCGAGAAGUGACCUAAAAAUACUGGUUUCGCGUGAGAACGUGCAGCUUCAGCUACAUCUCAACCAAUGGCCACAGCCGGAGCCACAGCGGCCGUGGUGGUGAAGCGGCCUGGACCACCAGUGCCGCCCAGGCCCAAGGCAACGGGUAAUCCCUCGGCCACGCCGCCAAUCAUCCAAAAGAAGCCCACCUUUGUCAGCCAGCUGAGUGCGGUGGGUCGCACCCUGGUCUACAAGUCACCGACGGUUAAUCUGCCCAAGAAACAGGCCCAGACGCAGACGCCAACCACAGCGGUGCCGGCACCAACCCCACCAGUGAAGCCACUAAAGCUCCGCAAGGCGCCCGAUGUACCAACGGCCAAGCCCCGCGAGACCGUCACCACGUCGGUGGUGACGGUGAAUCGUCACAAUUCGAUCAGCGUCAUCGGGGGCUCCCCUCAGACCACACCCCGCAAGGAGACCCGGCUGAGUCUCGGAAAGGUGGACUUUGAACGGGCUGGCCUGCAGCCAGCAACACAACCCCUUCCCAGGCCCAGGAAAAUUGUCCAGUUACCCGUGGCCACCAUGGAUGUGGAGGAUGUACCAAAGGUAACCUCUACUCCAUCCACUGGUCUCUUUAGAAGAUCCAAAACCACGCUGGACAGUUACCAAAAGGAGUCCACUGCAGUAGCCUCGCCAAACGGAGGAGGAGGAGGAUUCCUGGGCGGACGGACUGUGGAGAUUAAGAAUAAUCUGAAGAACGCAGCCGAGCGGCUGUUCUCUGAAAUAAUCAUAAAUCAGGGGCAGAAACAGGCGGCGGCUGAUACCACAAUCAUCACCAAACAUGAGGCACUGAAGCAGGAGUCCGAUGUUCUGACCAUCCAGUCUACAGGAAACUGCAUGCGGAUCAACAUAAACUCUGGUUCCGAAUUCGGUGACCCCAAGCCGAGCUACACCAGCACCAUAAAGAGCUCCAUUAGCGUGGGAAAUACACCGGAAAAGAAACAGGCCUUCCACGAAAUGCUCAUCUCAGAGCUGGCCGCCAUGCGGAAUAAAUCCUGCUCGCUGGAGCAGCUGCCCACCAAGUCCAUGUCGCCGGUAGCCACAUCGCCACCCAAGAAGAUCGCUUCGCGUAUUCGCUACAACUCCAUUGACGAUGCCGAUACCGAGGAUGUGGAUGCGGAUAAUGUGGAGGAUGCCGAUGGAGAUGUGGAUGAGGAGGAUACCCUGACUUAUUCGGUCAACAAAUCUUUGAAAGAGAACAUAGGAAAGGAGGGCACCUCGAGGAAGCGGUGUCCCUCGGGUUGCUCCACAGACUCUUCACCCUACGGAACCGAGAGAUCCCAACGUAUCCGUACCUCGGAUUGGAUAGAGGUGGGCGACAAUGGAACAGCGGUGACUUUGACCAGCUGCCACAUUUCUCUAGAGGAUUCAGGCAUGGAGGACGAGGAGCGACUGGACGACAUGUCAUCGGGUGUUGGCGAUAGUUGGGACAGCGUCAAGGAGGCGGAGACCGAAAAGCGUUCGCGCAGUGCAAAACGUGGAACCUCGGCCUGCGAGCUGCCACCCCUGCCCAAGUCACUGAUUGGCUUCAAUAAACUACUUUGCUCCGAUUCCGGACUGCUCAGCGAUGUGGAGGGAAGCAAUAACAAUAACAGCGAGAUCAGCCAAAAAGAAAGCGAUUAUCAGGCGGAUAACGUUCAGGACAGCAACGAGAAUACCAUCGGUGGUGGUAAUGGGUCGGUGCCCGGUGCCUCUCCGAAAGGAAAUAGAGCAAUUCCAGCAAGAGAAACGGAUCCCAAAUCCCCCAGCUUAUCCACCAAAGGAAACCCCCAGGCGACCAUCGAGGCGGGCAGCACUCUGGACGCACAAAUCGCGACGCUGCGGAAGGAAAUGAACGGACUGCGUCAACUAGAUCUCUCGUUGUUGUCUCAACUGUGGGUGCUAAACGAAUCAAUUCAGGAGUUCCGUGCCCUGAUCGAGGACCAGGAGAACGAGGACGAGGACGAUGAGUUGGAUAAUAAUCCCAAUGACAUUGAUGAAGAGGGCAACAUCAGAAUUUCAUCAUCAGUAGAAUCGGUGCAAUACGAGGGCGGUGCUGCAGAUGCCAGGGCCAAACACCUGGGAACCAAACCAAAGGUCAUCACCAUACAGCCCAAGGUGGGGCGGCAGGAUCAAAAGCCAGUGCCCAGGAUGCGUAGUGCUCCGCCACCCCCGCCACCCGUCGUCCUGACAGCCGUUGAGCGGAAGCCACCGGCUCCUUCGCGACCCACAUGAUGCUACCUCACCGACUUCCUUGCCGGAGUCAGGAUGGUCAUGUGCAAGGCGAUCGUGGGCGAUGUGCCGCCCUCGGCCACCACGGCGACAUCAUCGUCGUCGUCCCUUCGCGGAGAUGGAUCCCCAUUCGGCCUGGCCAUGGACCAGGGCAGCUGUUUGGCCAAUCACAGUGGUGGCUUGCUCCAGGCUUAGUUUUAGUUUGAUUAAGCGAUAAAUUACACAGGCCUACGAAAAUCGUUUGUUUUUGCCGCAAGACUAAAGGCCAAGAUUGAAAAGAUUCUUAUAGAUUGCUCACAGAAUAUGAAAAGUGGUUAAAUUUACUGACAUUGACUUUAUGGUGCUUUUUCAAGACUGAUAAAAAAACCUUGAACUUGAAACUUAAAUAUAAGAUACAAAGAAAUGAUGAAUACACUUUCAAUUAUAAUAAAUUGAAAGUUUAAGUUUCAAGUUCACCUUACCUAGUCUUCAAAAUGCGCCAUUAUAGUUGCAUUUUCAAUUCUUUAACCACUUUUUUCUGUUAACUCGUUGAUAACCGCCUUUAGUCUUGCGAGCUUUGUAGUAAGAUGUAGUAUAUGAGCGAUUUACAAACGAACUGAUCUUUAUUCGGGUUCCUUAGAGGCCCCUAGGGAACUAGAUAUACUCCAAUGGUGUUUAGAUCCUGACAAGCCUUACUUUAUCUAUAUAAAGAAGCCUAAAUUAUCUGCUGCUUA